CCACAGAUUAGUGUGGCGGGCUUGCAGCUGAAGAAGGUCUACGAUCAUAGUCCGCAUGAGAUUUUCGUACAACUCGAUGAACUCACCGGCAUUGGCGAGGAUCGUGAAUGGAAAGAAACCGCGCGUUGGAUCAAGUAUGAAGAGGAUGUUGAGGAAGGCUCCGAUCGUUGGGGCAAACCGCAUGUUGCUUCACUCUCCUUCCAUUCGUUGCUCAAUUUGCGCCGCUGUCUCGAAACGGGCGUAGUGCUACUCGAUUUGAAUGAGAAGGAUCUGCCUGCCGUGGCUUAUCGCGUUGUCGAACAGAUGGUUGUCGACGAGCUAAUUAAUGCCGAAGACAAGCCAGCGCUUAUGCGCUCACUACUGUUGCGUCACCGACACGUGAAUGAACAUCAAAGCGGCUUUCCGUUUACGAAACGGAAAUAUAGCAGCUACACAAGCUUGCAGUUGCUUUGGAUGAGCGGCGAAAUUCAACAUCAACUUCAUCAGCAACAACAACAAGCAAUACAACAACAUCAUAGGAAUAUUAAAAAUGCCAAAAAGCGUCGAUCCGUUUGUGAGACACUCAGUGCACCGCCUACAUCCAUUUCACUUGGCGUCGAUCCCAGCAAUAAUAUCAAUCGGCGGCACUCCACCAUGUCAUAUUUGGGAAACCUGUCUGGAGAAGACAAACGGCCGAAGAUAAUGCCUGCUAGCGAAAUUGGUGGCAGCAAACGUAGCAAUGAUUUAAAGAUCGACAUGAGGGACGACAUGUAUUCAUCGUCGCAGGAGAACCUACAAAAGCUACAGAACGAUACCAUCCUGAAGCGUAUACCAGUGGGUGCUGAAGCGACGACUGUAUUGGUGGGCGCGGUAGACUUUCUACAGCAGCCAACCAUUGCGUUUGUGCGUCUCGCCGAAGGUGUGCUUAUGCCCACUUUGACCGAGGUAGCUGUGCCGGUGCGCUUCAUGUUCAUACUCAUGGGCCCACCAACACUCGAUUUGGACUAUCAUGAAGUGGGUCGCUCCAUUGCUACGCUAAUGGCGAACGAACCAUUCCAUGCAAUCGCAUACAAGGCAGAUGAUCGCAAAGAUCUGCUUUCGGCCAUCAACGAAUUCUUGGAUGAUUCUAUUGUGUUGCCACCGGGUAAUUGGGAGCGUCAAGAUCUCUUGCCAUUUGAGGAAUUGAAAGCAAAGAAGGACUGGAUUCGCUCACGCAAGCGAAAGGCGUUGGAGGUGAAAAAUGAAUUGAAGGAGAAAAUAAAGCAAGAGACUAAAGUAGUUGUUGAAAAGAAGCCACAACUGGAUACUUUGGAUGGGAAGAAGAAAAUCAAUCCGAUGGAAAAGACACACAAGUGGUGGGGCGGCUUGCGUAAUGAUCUUAAGCGUCGUUUGCCCAUGUAUAAGAGCGAUAUUACGGACGGCCUUAACUCGCAAACGCUAGCCGCCACGAUUUUCAUGUACUUUGCCUGCCUCUCGACGGCCAUCACGUUCGGUGGUCUGGCCUCUGAAAAGACAGGAAAUUUAAUUGGUAUUUCGGAGACGUUGUUGAGUACAGCACUUUGUGGUAUAAUUUUUCAUACGAUUUCCGGACAACCGCUCGGCAUUAUAGGUACCACGGGUCCACUGCUGCUUUUUGAUGAGGCGCUGAUAAACUUCUGUCGCGAGAAUAAUUUACCUUUUCUCACUAUACGCGCCUAUAUCGGCGUUUGGCUGGCCAUUAUUGCCACCACGUUGUCAGCAUUCGAGUGCAGCGUUUAUGUGCGCCUAUUUACGCGUUUCACGCAAGAAAUCUUCUCCGCCUUAAUCACAUUGAUUUAUAUCUAUGAGACUUUAACGAAGCUAGUAUCUGUAUAUAAGAAGAACCCACUGCUGGCCGACUAUAAUUUCCCACCAGCAACACUUGCGCCGCAAUUGCAGAGCUUCGAUAAUACGACCAUGGAUAGCUUCGGCAAUGUGACCACAGAGAUGUCGCCUUCAAAUAUUACGUCCCACAUUGGCUUAAUUUCGCCGAAUGCACCAUACACAAAUAUGCCAAAUACAGCACUCUUUUGCACUAUACUCACCUUGGGCACCUUCACUAUCGCCUACUAUCUGAAACUCUUCCGCAAUUCCCAUUUCCUGGGACGAAAUGCUCGCCGUGCGCUGGGUGACUUUGGUGUGCCGAUCGCCAUAGCGAUUUUUGUUUUGAUUGACUAUCUAAUACCACAAGUGUACACGGACAAACUCAGCGUGCCAGAGGGUAUUUCACCCAGCGAUCCGGAAGUGCGCGGUUGGUUGGUGCCCCUAGGUGGUGUGCCCAUCUGGAUACCGUUUGCGUGUGGCAUACCAGCUAUUUUGGUAUACAUCCUCAUCUUUAUGGAAUCGCAUAUCUCUGAGUUAAUUGUCGACAAUCCGGAGCGUGGACUGAAAAAGGGCUCGGGAUUGCAUUUGGAUAUUGUGAUAUUAGGCUUUUUGAAUACAUGUUGCGGUUUCUUCGGUACGCCGUGGCAUUGUGCGGCCACUGUACGUUCGGUAACACACGUUUCUGCGCUAACGGUGAUGUCAAGAACCCAUGCUCCUGGUGAAUCGCCACGCAUUAUUGAUGUGAAAGAGCAGCGUUUGUCCGGUUUCUUCGUGGCACUUAUGAUUGGUUUGUCGGUGACAAUGGCACCACUGUUGCGUUUGGUGCCUAUGGCGGUACUGUUUGGCGUAUUCUUGUACAUGGGUAUCGCAUCUAUGAGUGGCGUGCAGUUCUUUGAUAGAAUGAGACUAUACUUCAUGCCUGUAAAACAUUAUCCACCCACGCCGUAUGUGAAGCGGGUGCCCACUUGGAAGAUGCACCUGUUCACCACAAUACAAUUGCUUUGUCUCACAAUACUUUGGGCUGUGAAAUCGUCCAAAAUAUCAUUGGCUUUUCCAUUCUUCUUAAUACUUAUGGUGCCGGUAAGGCAGCGCCUUGUGAUGAUCUAUUCGCCACAGCAGCUGCAAGCGCUCGAUGGAAAUGAAGUCAAAGAUGAGGACGAACCUGAUUUCUACGAGGAAGCAACUAUUCCCGCAUAGAAAGAAAUAUAUAACUAACCCUUAAAACCUUAACACCUGCGUAAUUGUAAUUGAAGGAAUUGCCUGUACUUAAGCAUACACUUAUGUACUUAAGUACUCUAUUAUUUCUUGUUCAUUAUGGCAUUUUGCUAUUUUUGUUUGUUUGUAUAUAUGUAUCUAUUUUUUGAAGUUUUUUGCUUAAUUUUGUAGUUAAUAGAUAUGUUUUAUCUUUAAAAGAGAAUGUAAAGUUAUCCCAUUAUCUAAAUGUUGAAAUAAGUAACAAAGCAAAGUAUUUUUCUAUCGUAAAUAUGCAAUUCUUAAAUAAUUUACUUAAGAAAAAUCUUAAAAGUUUUUAGAGGAAAAAUUAUUGUAUAUAUACUCUUGAUAUAAAAAAUGAGUGCAGAAAUAUACAUACAUACAUAAGUGUGUAUGUUCGGUUCGAACAAAGAACACAAGAUUUGAAAACGUAAAGUAUUUCGCAUGAUGGAAGUAUUACCUUAAAAACUAGUAAUAAUUAUUAGUGGGAUUCAUGAAACGUCGCAAAGUGGUUGCAAAUAUCGCAUUUGUCACACAAUUUUCCACCAUGCGAUACCAGCUGAUUACUUUUAUAUGUAAACUUUCGUGCGACUUUGCCAUGGUAUUUGAGCUGGCAAUCGUUGCCAAGUCAAAGUCGCGAAGCAUAUCGAGCCCUAACCGCCAAAAUAACGU